AUGGGCGAUAAGAAGAGUCCCGAUGAAUCGAUACAUCUCACUGCAGCAAUGCAAUUCUCUGUAUUUCACAGUGUGAUCGGUUCCAUGUGGUCUGUUGAUGGUGAGGUUUCACAGGAGGUUGUGUCUAGUUUUUACGACAACCUGGUCGAUGAUUCAGGGAGAUUGGACUGCAUGCAUGCUGCAAUGGUGUUGCACAAGGCUGUGAAGAAAUUGCGGCACAGUGAUAUUCCACUGGAACAGCAGAUUGUAUUUGUUCACAUUGGUGUGUAG